AUUUUGUUGUCAAAUUUCGUUGCGCAAACCGAAGCAUUGAUGAAAGGUAAAACAGCCGAAGAAGCAGAGAAGGAAUUGAAAGCAUCCGGAAUGAGUGAUGAAAAAGUAGCGAAGAUUCUGCCUCACAAGGUCUUUGAAGGCAAUCGACCAACGAAUUCGAUAAUCUUACCGAAAGUGACGCCGUUCACACUUGGUGCACUGAUUGCCCUGUAUGAGCACAAAAUUUUCGUGCAAGGCGUUAUCUGGAACAUUAACAGCUACGACCAGUGGGGUGUGGAAUUGGGUAAGCAGCUGGCGAAAGUUAUCCAGAAGGAGCUGGAAAGCGAUAGCCCGUGCAGUUCGCAUGAUUCGAGCACGAACGGCAUCAUGAAUUUCAUCAAGCAACAGAAAAAGAGCUAA